GGGCAACUAAGUACGGGUUUGAAUAAUGGCUGCCAAUCCUCCUUGACAUUUGGUAGAGCUUUGGGUGUAACAAUAUGUUAUUCCAAACUACAUAUAUAUAAUACAAAUUGGUUGGUGUAGGAACAUAUUAAAUUCUGGCAGGUUGGUAUAGAAACAUCAUUAGGAUCCCAUCAAAGUUAGUAAAGCCUGAUAUGUAAGACACCAGGACUACAGAUAGGAUGUACAUGUACAAUGUACAUGUAUCAGGUUUCAGAUAUAAUAUCUGAAAUAGUUUGUCUGCUGAUGGCUUGUUACUGAUUCAAAAUGGCAGCCCCCAUGAAAUCAAAAUUUCGAAUUCUGGAGUUUUAUAGUGGAAUAGGCGGUAUGCAUUAUGCUGCCAAAGAGAGUGGUUGUGAUUUCACAGUGGUGGGUGCAGCUGACAUCAACACAACAGCCAACCAAGUGUACACUCACAACUUCCCACAGACAAAACUGCUGCAGCGUUGUAUUGAGUCCUUCAGUGUCAAAGAGCUUGAGAGUUUGGAUCCAAACAUGAUCUUAAUGAGCCCCCCUUGUCAACCUUUCACCAGGGUAGGGCUACAGAGGGACUCGGAAGAUCCAAGGACAAAGUCUUUUUUCCACAUACUGUCACUAAUUCCAAGAUUGCCCUGUAUUCAGUAUAUUCUAGUUGAGAAUGUGAAAGGCUUUGAGACUUCUCUCACCAGGAACCAACUGGUAGAUACACUCACUAAAUGCAGUUUCACAUUCCAGGAGUUCCUGUUGACCCCUACCCAGUUUGGGGUGCCCAACUCAAGGUUGCGGUACUACAUGAUUGCUAAGCAACCCCCAUUACAAAUGAACUUCACUGUACAGAAUCACAUUAUGUAUGAGUUACCAGAGGCACAUGCAGAAAAGCUGGGAGAAGUAUCAUCAGCCAUAAUGCAUCAACAUGGGGAUGUCCCUCGCCAUACAGUUGAACACACGGAUGAUGCCAAUAUUGUUGACACUGAAUCAGAAGAUGAUGGUGUUCCCAAAAGACUUAAACUCUCAAAUGAUGAAGAUAAAAUGAAUGAUAAUGAACAUAUCACAAAAGUGGAUGAAAAACAUGCUACUACCAAUGAUAAACAUAGUACAAUAGUAGAUGAUGAACAUACUCCGACAAAGGAGUCUCAACAUGAUAAAAGUGCAAUUAAACUACAUGAAAAGUAUACACAUCUAUGCGAGCCUAUAUCUAAAUACCUUGAGAAUGAAUCUGAACAUUAUUUCACAGACUAUUUAGUUAAGGAUAAGGAACUGAAAAGGGCAUGGGUGAUGGACAUUGUGCAGAAAACUUCAAAACUGUCAUGCUGUUUUACGAAAAGAUAUGGCCACCAUAUAGAGGGAGCUGGCUCUCAAAUACAACAAUCACAAAUAGAUAUGUCGACUGUUUUCUCUCAGUUGAAGAAGCCCAUUUCACCAGAAGAUCUGCCAAUACUUCACACACUCAAGCUGCGUUACUUCACUCCUAGAGAAAUAGCAAACCUACUCUCUUUCCCACAAGAAUUCAGUUUCCCAAAGCAAACUAGUACAAUACAAAAAUACAGAGUCCUCGGCAACAGUCUCAAUGUCCUUGUGGUCUCAAAAUUAAUCAAACUGAUGACGUCAUAGCAAUACUGUUGAUGUCUUAGCAAUACUGAUGAUGACAUGACAUAUUUUAUAACACUACUGAUAAUACCGUAACACAUCUGGGGAUUUCAUAUCGCAAGAGAUGAACAAUUGGUGAAGUCAUAUAAAGAAAUACUGAUAUUCUAAAUAUAUUCCGAGCAUAAUGACUGAUGUGCUUUCAAAUGAUGAUGUCAUAACAUUGAUAUUAUGUGUUGUUAAAUCACAACAUUGGUUUGACUACUAUGGACAAGUGCUACUCUACUAAAACAGUGCCAUACUGCAAUAUGUGCCUAUCACCACGAAGGAUGUCAUGACAACUGAGGGUAUCAUAUCAUGACAUUCUAUUUUAAAUAUAUUUUCAAAAAAUAAACUUGUCAUGCGAUUGCCAAGUGACAACAACCAAUAUGGACUGAU